CCUGUGUUUUGCUCUACAUACUAUAAAAUGAUCGGAAGUGGCAGAUAUUCUUUCGUUCUUAACUUGGGCUUUAGUUUUUCUUUCACCAAUUAAAUAGAGAUCGUUAGAUAAUUGUAGCAUCCUCAGACGUAGAAGAUGAAGAUUUUUGUUAAAACACUCAAAGGCACUAACUUCGACAUCGAAGUGAAGCCUGAAGACACGGUUGUUGAUGUGAAAAGGAAGAUAGAAAUAGUUCAAGGAUCAGAUGUUUAUCCUGCCGCACAGCAGAUGCUUAUUUUUCAGGGGAAAGUCCUCAAAGAUGACACUACAGUGGAAGAGAACAAAGUGACUGAAAAUAGUUUUGUUGUGAUUAUGGUAACUAAGACUAAGAAGACGUCUGGUGAGGGUUCAACUACGUCAACUGAUCCUACAACUAAGGCUCCUCAAACAAGUACUCCAACACCAGCACCAGCCACAGCAACAGUUCCUGAUACUCCUGCACCAACAUCAGGACCGCCUGUAUCUGCUCCUGCCUCAGUCACACCAGUUACUGCUACGUCAGAGUCCAAUGUCUAUGGCCAAGCAGCAUCGAAUCUGGUUGCAGGGAAUAACCUUGAGGAAGCAAUCCAGCAAAUUGUUGAUAUGGGUGGAGGUACUUGGGAUAGAGAUACUGUUGUCCGUGCUCUGCGUGCUGCUUACAAUAACCCGGAGAGAGCUGUUGAAUAUUUGUAUUCUGGUAUCCCUGAGCAAGUUGAAGCUCCAUCCAUGGCCCGUGUUCCUGUUAGUGGGCAAGCUGCAAACUCUCCUACGCAGCCUACACAGCCUACACAGCCAACACAACCAACAUCUGCUCCUGCUAGUGGACCCAAUGCAAACCCUUUGGACCUCUUUCCACAGGGCCUUCCCAACAUGGGUUCAGGUGCAGCUGGUGUAGGAACUCUCGAAUUUUUACGUAGUAGUCCACAGUUUCAAGUCUUGCGAGCUAUGGUGCAGGCCAACCCAAAUUUAUUGCAGCCAAUGCUUCAAGAGUUAGGGAAACAAAAUCCUGCAUUAGUGAGGCUUAUUCAGGAGCAUCAGGCUGACUUCCUACGGCUUAUCAAUGAACCUGUCGAAGGUGGUGAGGGGAAUAUAUGGGGGCAGCUUUCUGGGGGAGUUCCACAGGCAAUAACUGUCACACCUGAAGAGCGAGAAGCAAUAGAACGGCUUGAAGCAAUGGGCUUUGAUCGGGCAACAGUAUUGGAAGUGUUCUUUGCCUGCAACAAGAAUGAGGAACUGGCUGCCAAUUAUCUUCUUGAUCACAUGCACGAGUUUGAGGAUUAAUUUAAGGAUUAUACAGCAAAUUUCCUAUAUGCAUAGUCGGUAAUGUGCUUUCAUUUUACCUACUUUGCACAAAUAGAAUCAUAUCUUCACGCA